AUGGGCAAGUUCUACGGCCUCCGGGGCACUAAGCUCAACAUUGCCAUUGCUAUUAUUGCAGGCACAGAUUUCGCACUCUUCGGUUAUGAUCAAGGUGUAAUGGGUGGUUUGCUCACCCUGGGCUCAUUCAUCAGAUACUUUCCCGAAAUCGACAGCGUCAACCCACCGCCAGGCAGUUCAACAAGCCAUGCUGCAACCAUCCAGGCCAUCACGGUCGGUGCCUACACACUCGGCUGCUUCUUCGGCGCCGUAGCAACCAUCUGGCUCGGCAACAUGCUCGGACGCAAGAAGACAAUCUUCAUCGGCAGCGCCAUCAUGAUCGUAGGAGCCAUCCUCCAAACAUCAUCUUACGGUCUUGCACAACUUAUUGUCGGACGAUGGAUCACCGGUUUCGGAAACGGCAUGAACACGAGUACAGUUCCCACAUGGCAGUCUGAAACAUCGAAACCGCAUCGCAGAGGUCAAAUGGUCAUGAUUGAAGGAUCGAUGAUUGUCUUCGGUGUCAUGCUUAGCUACUGGCUCGAUCUGGGGUUCUCUUUCCUUGAACCGAGCAGCAUCGCCUGGCGCUUCCCGAUUGCUUUCCAGAUUAUUCUGGCCCUGUUCAUUCUCGUCAUGAUCCCCGGUCUUCCUGAGAGUCCACGUUGGCUGGUGCUCAAGGGCCGAGAGGCGGAGGCUUUGGAGGUAUUGGCUGCAUUGAGCGAUCUGCCUCAGGAUGACAAGAGAAUCCAAGAGGAGUUCCAGGCUGUCAAGGACGUCACUCUGGAAAUGUCGCGCGGUGGUUUCCGAGAUUGUUUCAAGAUGAACAAGAACCGCAACUUCCACCGCACAGUGUUGGCGUAUGUCAACCAGAUGUUCCAACAAAUCUCGGGUAUCAACCUAGUCACCUACUACGCCGCAACCAUUUUCGAAAACUCCAUCGGUCUCUCGCCCUUCCUCAGUCGCCUCUUGUCCGCAUGUAACGGCACAGAAUACUGGAUGGCGAGUUGGAUUGCCAUUUUCACAAUCGAGAAGUUUGGACGUCGCUCUUUGAUGAUGUUCGGUGCGGCCGGCAUGUCAAUGUCCAUGGCUGUCCUAGCAGGUGCAACCAGCAACAUUGGUAACACGAGCUUGGGUCUCCUCGCCACCGUCUUCCUCUUCGUCUUCAACUCCUUCUUCGCCAUUGGCUGGCUAGGCAUGACAUGGUUGUAUCCCGCAGAGAUUACACCCUUGUCCAUUCGUGCGCCUGCAAACGCCAUUUCCACCACCGCCAACUGGAUAUUCAACUUCCUCGUCGUCAUGAUCACUCCUCCUGCAUUUGCAAACAUCGGCUACCAGACCUACAUCAUCUUCGCCGUUAUUAACGCCGCAAUGGUGCCCUCCGUAUACUUCUUCUUCCCGGAAACCGCGUACCGCUCCCUCGAGGAGAUGGACGAGAUCUUCCACAAGGCAACGGGUCCGUUCAACGUCGUUGGCAUUGCGCACGACUUGCCACAUCGGUACGGAAAGAAGGGCGAGCUGCUCAUUGAUUAUGCGGAUACAGAGCAGGCGCACGAUGCAGAGAGGAGGAGGAGCUCUGUUGUGGCCGUGCAGCCGACGAAUGGGGGUGUGUUGGCCAGAGAUGAAGAGAAGGAGAUUAGGGAGCAUUUGGAGAACGGUGGGAAGUAG